AUGAUCACGGAAUUCCUGUCCCUGCUUUGCCUCGGGCUUUGUCUGGGCAAUGAAGACGAGGAAAAUAACGACACCAGGAUCGUCUUCGGGGCCACCUUCAGCUGUCUUUCCCUCUUUCUCCUCUUCCUUGCCGUCUUCUUCAUCUACAGGUGCACUCAGCAAGACCUCCAGAUCCCAUACUCUAACACGUUUCUCUUUCGCAGAACCUGCCAUUCCAAAGUGCACAAGCAGAAGGAGGCAGAUGUACCCAUGCUGGAAAGGAUUUCUGAGUCGCCUGAAGAGCCCGAGGGGGUGACCUACGCCCAGCUAAACACCACCGCACUGUCCAGGGCAGCUUCUGUCCCCGCCGAGGAGACCCCGAGUUCUUGCGACUACACAACGGUCAAGGUGUAG